UGAAAAUGGGAAUGUUUCAGGGUGAAAACAGGAAGAUUUUGGGGUGGAACUGGGAAGAUUUCACCUCACUGGGCACCCCUGCCUCAAAACUGGGCUCUGUCACUUUUGAGGAGCUGCUCCUUCCAACCAAGUCUGUGCUGGAAUCUGUGAAAACACCUGAAAAUCCAGAAAUACUCACUGGAAUUCCCCUUCAGGAAUUCCUCCCCCAAACCAUGCUGGAGGGACAGCAUGGCUGCCACUGCUGCUGUCAGCCCCAGUGAAUACCUGCAGCCUGCCGCCACCUCUGCCACCCAGGACUCCCAGCCCUCUCCCCUGGCCCUGCUGGCAGCCACAUGUAGCAAGAUCGGUCCCCCCGCCGUGGAAGCCGCCGUGACGCCGCCGGCCCCUCCGCAGCCCACCCCUCGCAAACUGGUGCCCAUCAAACCCGCCCCGCUGCCCCUGGGCUCUGCCAAGAGCAGCAUUGGCAUCCUGUCCUCCAAGGGGAACCUCUUCCAGAUCCAGGGUUCCCAGGUUGGCACCUCCUACCCCGGGGGGCAGCUGGUUUUUGCCAUCCAGAACCCGGCCGUGCUCAGCAAAGGUUCGCGCUCCUCGUCUUCGUCGUCGUCCUCCUCUUCCUCCUCCAGCAUCCAGUACCAGGCGGUGCCGCAGCUGCAGCCUGGCACGGCUCAGACCAUCCAGGUGCAGCCCAACCAGAUCCAGAUCAUCCCAGGCACCAGCCAGGCCAUCCUCACUCCAUCCUCCUCCUCCUCCUCCUCCUCCUCGCACAAACCCGUGCCCAUCAAACCGGCGCCGGCGCAGAAAGCGGCGCCCACGACGAGCGGCGUGGUCAAACUGCCAGGGGGUGGCAACGUCACCUUAACCCUGCCUGUCAACAACCUGGUGAGCCCUGAGGGGAGUGGGCAGAGCCAGCUGGGCACGGACAGCCCCUCAAAACUGGGGAAAAAACCUCGGAAAAAAGCCACGUCCCCCGGGCAGCCGGCUGCGGUGGCCGUGGCGGAGCAGGUGGAGACGGUGCUGAUCGAAACCACGGCAGAGAACAUCAUCCAGGCUGGCAACAACCUGCUGAUCGUGCAGAGCCCUGCCUCAGGGCAGCCAGCAGUGGUGCAGCAGGUGCAGGUGGUGCAGCCCAAGCAGGAGUCGCAGGUGGUGCAGAUCCCGCAGCAGGCGCUGCGCGUGGUGCAGGCGGCGUCGGCCACGCUGCCCACGGUGCCGCAGAAAUCAUCCCAGAACUUCCAGAUCCAGGCGGCUGAGCCCACCCCCACGCAGAUUUACUUCAAGAGCCCCUCCGGCGAGCUGCAGACCGUGCUGCUGCAGGAAGCCUCGUCCCUGCCCGUGCCACCAUCCUCGGCGACACCGUGCGGCAGCCCCGCGUCGCGCAGCCCCGGCCCCGCCCGCAAACCCGCCCCUCGCAAGGAGCGGCCGCUGCCCAAGAUCGCCCCGGCCGGGGGGAUCCUGAGCCUGAACGCGGCGCAGCUGGCGGCAGCUGCACAGGCCGUGCAGACCAUCAACAUCAACGGCGUGCAGGUGCAGGGGGUGCCCGUCACCAUCACCAACAGCGGAGGCCAGCAGCAGCUGACGGUGCAGAACGUGUCCGGCAACAACGUGACCAUCAGCGGGCUGAGCCCCACCCAGAUCCAGCUGCAGAUGGAGCAGGCGCUGGCCGGGGACAUCCAGCCCGGGGAGAAGAGGAGGAGGAUGGCCUGCACCUGCCCCAACUGCAAGGACGGCGACAAGAGGCCGGGCGACCCGGGCAAGAAGAAGCACAUCUGCCACAUCCCCGAGUGCGGCCGGACGUUCCGCAAGACGUCGCUGCUGCGGGCGCACGUGCGGCUGCACACGGGCGAGCGGCCCUUCGUCUGCAACUGGGUGUUCUGCGGCAAGCGCUUCACGCGCUCCGACGAGCUGCAGCGGCACGCGCGCACGCACACAGGUGACAAACGCUUCGAGUGCGCGCAGUGCCAGAAACGCUUCAUGCGCUCCGACCACCUGACCAAGCACUACAAAACCCACCUGGUCACCAAGAACUUGUAGGGUCAGGGGGGACACAGAGACACCCAGAGCUUCCCAACCAACCCCCAAACCAACCCCCAAAUCCACGGGCCAGCACUCCCAGGAGGGGACAUUGGGGACAUCCCCCCCCCACCAGCCCCGAAAACCAGCGGGGAGGGGUCACCUCUACAGGUUCAGAGCCCCCCAAAAAAUUGGGGCAGGAGCCUGGGAGAGGCUCCACAGCACAUUCCUACUUUAUAUUUAAAGUCUAUAAAUAGCUAUAAAUAUCUAUAUAACCCCCUUUGGAAAAAUCCCUUUUUUUCUAUGGAGAUCGUUGCCUUACACUCCCCCCUCUCCCAGAUCCCAACCCUGUGGAUCAUGAGUGCUUUUUUAAUCUAUUUAAUCCCCUGGAUUUCUCACCCAAAACUCAUUUUUUCCCCUUCUCUCACAGCCAGUUCUUCUCUCCCAGUUUUUAUUUUCAAGCAACAUUGGCAUUCUCCCUUUUUUUUGGUUUUGUUUUUUUGUUUUUUUUUUUGGUUUGGAAUUUUGAGACUUCACCCUUUUUUUUUUUUUUUUUUUUUUUUUUAUUUUCCCCUCUUUUUUCCUGCCCUGUGUGUGGACUCCCCCUUGUGUACAGUGUACAUUGUAUCAUAGAUUAUAUUGCUUUGGAGCUUUUAAAUUAAAACAAAAAUCCACUUUAUUUUUUAGUUGUUGUGCCCACCUGAGGGCGUUUUCCCUGGAUUAUGUGAUGGAUCUGUUCCCAGUUUUCUGAGCUGUACCCGGAGGCAGCCGGGAGCUUUUCCUUGCUAAAUAAAUUUAGUCACCAGAGGCAAAUCCAGGCUCCUUUUAUUUUUUUUUUUUUUUUUUUUUUUUUCCUGGGAAUGUUAUGGA